UUUGGUUAGGUAAGGAGCGAGUGUUGUUAUCAGGUGCUGUGUGAUAAGUGAUAUGAUAACAUGUAGUGAUCACUGCGAUAGCACGUAACAUCACAACCAUGCAUGAGCCGCAUAUUCUAGCACAUUGCACCAGUGGGAAAAUGAUAGAGAUAAUCCGUAAUGGAUGACGAUGAUGAAUUUUUCGAUACGAUCUCAGUUGCUUCAGGAGCGAGUCGAAGGCGAUUUGAUAAUAAAGAUUACCUCAGUUUAUCAAGAAACACAGUGUAUCAGUCGGCCGUUGAUUUAGAAAAUAUGGAACUGACACGUCUGGACCAUUCGGAAAAUGGGAACUCACAAAAUAAGCGCUGGCGUUACUUCACAAACGGCGAAUUGUGCGUCGAUUUCGUGUUGGCUUACGACAAAGAAGGCAAGCCUGAAGAUGUGGCAAAGCGAGAACACUUCGAAGCAAAUCUACAGCAUGUAGGUCUUAUUUUGGAAAAGGAGGAAAGCCAGCGCAUUCAUUUCGUCAAAAUUCACGUGCCGAGGGAAGUCCUGUGCCAAUAUGCGGAAAUUUUAAAAUUAAGACUACCAAUUAGAUACGAUGAAAAUUUAGGCGAAAUCGAAAAUGUGUUUUACUCGACGUUGAACAAGAUACUGGACUGUUUACGAGUGAGAUUGGACCCUAAAAUAUUCCCGCCGAAGAAGUACAGACUGACGGCUGAAUUCAACAGGGAGAAAAACUACUUGUUCGAUGUGGACGAUCCUGAUUUUUUCAACGAAGCGGUUCGGAUUACUGUGGCUUCGUAUAUUUUAGAACGCGAAAAAUUCGGAAUAGAGGACCAAGAAAAGGGAGUUCAUAGACUGAUUUCAGAGGGCAUUUACAAGGCUGCCUAUCCGCUACAUGAUGGCGAUCUGCACGAGAAAAACUCCAAACGCGUCAAACUCCUAAAACACUGGGCCCAAGUGAGCAAAUGCGUGAAAUACCAACCCCUCGACGAAGUGAAAGAAUAUUUCGGCAUAAAAUUCGCAUUAUACUUCGCAUGGCUCGGUUUCUACACCCACAUGUUGAUCCCGGCAUCACUUGUGGGAAUCCUCUGUCUAGUCUAUGCCGCAACGACUUUACCGCAAGACACUUUAUGCAAAGACUUGUGCAAUUCGGACAUCAUUAUGUGCCCCCGAUGCGAUAAAGUUUGCGACUAUUGGAAAUUGAGCGAGGGCUGUCUUUAUGCCAAAAUCCAGCACUUUGUCGACAACCCCGCCACGAUUUUCUUCGCCGUUUUCAUGUCCUUUUGGUCGAUUUUGUACCUAGAACUGUGGAAACGCUACAGUGCUGGUAUCACCCAUCGCUGGGGCCUCACAGGGUUCGAUUUGAAAGCUGAGCCGCCCAGACCCGAGUAUUUGAUCCGCUUAGCCGACGCCAAAAAGCGAAAACUGAACGUCAUCACGAAUUUAAACGAACCGGCUGUGUCUUUUUGGAAAGUUAAACUACCCUCGAUUAUUCUAAGCUUCACGCUUGCCCUAUUGUGGGUUUUUAUCGCAGUUUUUGUGGUUUUCGGCGUUGUUAUUUAUCGGAUGUCCCUAAUCACGUCGGAAGUUCUCUACGAGGAUAAAAUCACUUACCGGAUUUAUAUUCUACCAAUCACUGCGGCCAUUAUUAAUUUAGUGUGUAUUCUAAUUUUGAACAUUUUCUACCAACGAUUGGCCGUCUGGUUGACGGAAAUGGAGCUGCAACGGACGCAAACCGAAUACGAUGACAGUCUAGCGCUGAAAAUUUACAUGUUUCAGUUUGUUAAUUACUAUUCUUCGAUUUUUUAUAUCGCGUUUUUGAAAGGUCAGUUUGUGGGAUAUCCGGCUAAGUAUAAUCGGAUUUUCGGGUUCAGGCAAGAAGAGUGUAACCCGGGAGGGUGUUUAAUGGAGCUUACUAUUCAACUAGCCAUUAUUAUGAUCGGUAAACAGGCGAUUAAUGCAGUUGCCGAAAUGGUUGUGCCUUUAUUAACGAAAAUGUACAAUUCGGUCAAAGUUUCAAUGGGGAUUCAGGAAGCGCCUCCAGACCAAAUUGGGAUUAUCAGCUGCAAUCAGUGGACCGAAGACUACAAAUUGUUGGAUCUUCAGUCACAAAGCUUGUUUUCGGAGUAUUUAGAAAUGGUUUUGCAGUACGGUUUCGUAACGAUUUUCGUGACCGCCUUCCCUCUGGCCCCCCUGUUCGCGCUUAUCAACAACAUCCUGGAAAUGCGUCUCGACGCGAAAAAAUUCAUCAAAUAUUUCCGGCGCCCUGUCCCGCAACGAGUGACAAACAUCGGCGUUUGGUUCCCCAUAAUGGGGAUCCUUGGCCGAAUUUCUGUCGUUUCGAACGCUUUUAUCAUCGCUUUUUCGUCACAUUUUAUCCCCAAACUCGUAUAUAUGAUGGAGGUGAACCCCGACCACACCGAGGACGGGUUCCUUGACAGCACUUUGGCCUAUUUUGACACUGCCGAUUUUGAAGAUGGGACCGCGCCUGAAAACCCGUCUAUGAACGUAUCGAUUUGUCGAUACGCCGAAUACAGGAACCCCCCAAACGUCACGAAUGGAAUCAAGUAUAAACGGCCGUUGAUUUAUUGGCAUAUUUUGGCCGCGCGGUUGGCUUUUGUGGUGGCGUAUCAGAACUUGGUCACUUUUGUUGUGACUGCAGUGGAAUGGACAAUUCCAGACAUUCCGAGGAAGUUGAAUGAUCAGAUCAAGAGAGAAGCUUACAAGACUAACGAAACCAUUAUCAAGUACGAAACUGAACGGGCCCGUUUAAAACACAGAAAAAGGAAAAAUCGUGACUCGGUCCUGUCAGGUGAGACAGUUUAUUAUGACGCCAAUGGAGGCUUCCAUACUUCAGACCUAGCAAACACCUCAAGGGGGGACCACAUAGAGAAUUCUUAGCACACGCCGAUAUUUUUUAUUACUUGUACAUAACAUUUGGACCAAGGAGAUCAGUCUCCCAUUAAGGCCUUUUGACUUGCCUUCAACUGCUACGGCUUUAAUACUUAUUAACAUUUCAAUGGCAAACCUCAAUACUCAGAAAAGUGAUAAUUUCCUCGCCGUUUGAGCUUUAAAUGACAGUGAUUUCCAAAAUAUCACAACUUUUCAAAUUUGAACAAAUGGUGCCUGUACGGUUGGAACUAACUUAUUUGAAUUUUUAACAAUUAAAACACGGAUUAAAACAGUUACUUAAUUUGUCCAAAUUCGGAAGGUUGUGCUACUAAUUUCAACUGUAAAAAACUCAAAAUUAAUUAUCAAAACUUUCAAUAUUUGCAAAAAUCCUUGUUAGUUUAUAAUUGUUAUAUCUCAAAUCGUUGAUAAUUACUUCAAAUCUAGGCGUUUUAAAUAAAUUUUAUUCAAGUGUUAAAUUAAUAUAUUUUUAUAAAUCUUAGUUAAUACGAGACAUGUACAAAAUUAAAGAAUCAAAACGUUGUUACAAGUACGGAGAUCUAAAGGUUAGGAUACGAAACGACGUACAAAUAAAUCGUCCCCGUUUUUGAUAGUUCCGUUAAUACGCCAGAGAGCGCAGUUUGAAUUUGAAAAAAUUGUUGUAUUUGUACAACGGUUGAAACAUAAACGAAAAAAUACAGGCAGAUAAAGCAUUAAAAUAGUAUGACAUAAAGAAGAUGCAAAAAUUUGCACACUGCCCCAUAUUUUUCGAAACGCUGCGAAUACGGGUACAGAUGCAAGAAAAAUGUUAGGAAGAAAGUUGUAGAGAAUUAAAUUUCCUACAAAAAAGUACGGGAAACCAUGUCACUGUCUUGAACCAUUUAGGCCCCAAAGUCAUUCAAAGACGCCUAAGACAUGGGUUUGCUUCAUUUUGCCUUGGUGGAGUGUUUGAAAGUUAAUUUAUACCUAAACCGCUGAUGAUAGAAAUAUGGUGUCGCGGACUUUUUUGUAGAAAAUUUAAUUCUCUACAACUUUGUUCCUUACAGUUUUUUUGUAUCUUCAACCGUAUUCUCAGAGUUCGUAAAAAGAUAAGGACGAAGCCCAAAUUUUAUACUUUAAAUAUUUUCUUCUCAUUUUUAGUCGACAGUUUUUCUCGAUCUGUGAAGAGUUUAAAGCUCAUCAUUUCGGUAUUUUUUCCACGUAAUUAGUGAACGACCGUAUCAUUUUUUUGGGUUCAGAAAAUCCAACGAUUUUGUAUGUCGUUUCGUCUCCUAACUUAUAGUCCUCCGUAGAAAACUUGGGUUAGAUAAUUACUUGUAAAUACUAGACAAAAGCAUUUGUUUGAACGGGUUUUCUUUACGUAAAAGCAUGUGAUAAAUUUUUUAUAUAUUUAUUUUAUUUGUAGAUAAGCAUUUAUUUAUAUUACUUAAUUCUAAUCUAAUUAACGUUACUUGCCGCAUGAGAUACCUAUCCUUAUUUUUAUUUUAGUCCACGGAAAAUUACUUUUUAUAAUAUUUUAGCAAAGAAACCUACAACUGACUACAAGUCAAAUGCACUUAAAAUUUAUUAUUUAUAAUGUGGUAACAGCAUUUAUUUUAAGUCAUUCACACUGCUUUAAUUAUUUUAAGCGCUAAAAAUUAAGUUCCAAAUAUCACUACAAAAACAUCACUUUCUAGUCCAGAUGACGAUUUGGUGCCCUUAGUUGUAAUUAUCUUAUUUAUACUUUUACGGGGUGUAUGGAAAUUUAUAGCUUUUAUGUAUUUUAAGCUUUGUUAAUAAAACAUUCAUUUUUAUACAA